AUGUACUUUCUGGAGAGGGCUCUGAAGAUUGGGUCGGACAUGCCGUCUCUGUACAAUCAACAAGAUUGUCUUGGAAGGACUCCAUUAUACAUUGCAUGUCAAAAGAAAAAUACUUCGGUGGUGCAGCAAUUACUACGAAAAGGAGCCGACGCUUCAAUUGCAACACACUUUGGGCUUCUACCAGCACAUUUGGCUGCGGCUACAGGAUCUGUUGGAGUUUGUCAGACUCUCAGGAAGCAUAAACAUGCUCGAAUUGAUACAAGUAGUCCCGCUGGGAAGAAAGCAAGAGACUACGCAUUGGACAAUUUCCACUUCUCAGCAGCGAACAUUCUCUUAGACAAAUACAACCCCAGAAAACGAGAUCCUCCCACUAAUAUCGACGUUGCUUUACUUCAAGGAAUUCUUCGAGGGUCAACGAACGAUGUUGAUGUUGCUUUGGCAAAUGGCGCUGAUGCGAACGCCCUAUUCGACCCUGCAAUCUCAGGAGGGAGACAGACCGAGACCGCGAUGACGAUAGCAUUGUUUCAGUCUCCUGAAAGGAGAUUUGAGAUAGCCGCAAUACUCCUGGACUACGGGGAGGCCGACGUUGAUGCGAAAAUCGAGCGAGGCGAAACAGCUCUGCACAUUUUUGUCAAGCGAAACGACAUAUCUGCAGUGAAAUGGUUGCUCGAGCGUAACGCUGAUUUCAUGGCACGCGAUGCCAAGGGUCGAACCGCACUCAUGCUAGCAGUGAAGAAAGAUCUGGUCAUACUUGUGAAUCUGCUUUCGAGGUUCACGAGGCACAGCCCGAAGUUGUUGCACGCUAUCGACGGGAAAGGUCACACCGCAAUGGAUUAUGCUCGGUGGUACGGACAUAAUCAUAUUGCGCCUUUGUUAAUGAGGAAUCUAAUCUGA